AUGUCUUUACAAAAUGAUAGUCACUCUGUUAUUCUCGUCACUGCAGGGUAUGACAACACGAUUCGCUUUUGGGAGGCUCUAAGUGGUAUUUGCUCCAAGACAAUCAAACAUUCAGAUUCACAAGUCAACCGUUUAUGCAUUUCACCAGAUAAAGUCAUUUUAGCUGCUGCAGGAAACCAUUCUGUUCGAUUGUACGAUAUUGCAAGUAAUAAUGACAAUCCUUUUGUUGUAUUUGGAGAGCAUACUGGAAAUGUGAUCGCAACUGGAUUUCAUGGAGAAGGUCGUUGGAUGUUUACAGCUAGUGAAGAUGGCCAUCUGAAGAUAUGGGAUACACGAUCUGGUAGAACCCCUAUCUUAACAAGAAACUUUGAUAAUGGUUGUCCUAUUAAUGAUGCUGUCAUGCAUGCCAAUCAAGGUGAACUCAUCACUUGUGAUCAAAACGGAGCAGUCAAGAUAUGGGACUUGACAGCCCAUUCAUGCACCCACGAGCUUGUUCCAGAGGAAGGCGUUGCCAUGCGUUCGGUGACAGUAGCAUCAGAUGGAUCCAUUUUGGUUGCUGCCAAUAAUAAGGGAACCUGUUUUGUAUGGAAAUUAAAUAGUGGACCUGAUGGAAGUGACAUUGAACCCAUUCAUCAGUUUCAGGCUCACAACAACUAUAUCUUACGGGUGAUGCUCAGUCCUGAUACAAAACUAUUAGCUACAUGUUCAGCCGAUAAUACAGCCAAGAUUUGGAAUACGGAAAAGAAUUUUGAACUUUAUUUAACUUUACAAGGUCAUCAAAGAUGGGUAUGGGAUUGUGCCUUUUCAGCUGAUUCAGCGUAUCUUGUCACAGCUUCAUCGGAUCACGUUGCCAGGCUAUGGGAAUUGCAAAAUGGAGAGAUCAUUCGACAGUAUAAUGGACAUCAUAAAGCAGCUGUAUGUGUUGCACUGAACGAUUUAUCGGUUGGAUAUUCUUAA